UGCCUCAUGCGUCACAGAAAAACAUGGCGGCGCACAUUGUCAGAGCUGUGAGACGUCUUCCUGCACAGACGAACGGCUGGCUCCCGCCUGCAGUCUGGCAGUUGUAUACCCAAGCAUGCUGUCAUCACCAUCAGUCUCCCGGCUCCUCGCUGCGCUACAUCCCCCGUAGGGCAGUUCUCUACUGCCCUGGCAAUGAUGAACGAAAAUUGAAGAAACUGGCCUUGCUGGAUGUUGACUGCGCCGUUCUGGACUGUGAGGAUGGCGUGGCCCUCACCAAAAAGACAGGUGCUUGCUCUUAAUCACUGAAAAGGAAAACUACCUAAGUGAGAUGUUUAAAACGAGCACAUUUCACCCCAUUGUGCUUGCAGAAAAGCCCCGGGUGCCCCCCCCGCCCCCCCUCAUCAGCCUUUUAAAGCAAGGUGACCACGUCCCACUGGGUGAGCAGUGGGAAAGCGCCAGAUGCAGCAGGUUAAAAGCAUUCUCCUCCGGCCCACUCAACCUCCCCAUUGGCCCGGCUGAACUGCCCAUGAAAUCGUGAUUGGAGCGCAGGAUAAAGAGGCAGCCCAGGCAAAAAAAGUUAAACAACAAAGGUUUUUAAGUCAUGAUAAUAAAGAUGAUUGAUAUGGCUGGAGGCUGUUCCUGUAGCAGACAAAGACAAUAAGCUGAUGGCCUGUGUGACUGACAGGCCAGAAACUGUGACCCUGCGCUGGUGGAUCUCAGAGCUUCUGUCUUUAUAAUGUGUUGAAGGGGGGAAACGUGGAGGAGAAUGCAGCACAGAAGGCGCCAUGCAGGCUAGUGGAAAAAGUCUGAGGCUGGACUCCUGCCAAAACCGCUCCGGUCCAACCUACAUAUUUCGCACACUAUAGCCCACACUGGCCAAUCACUGUAUAUCCGACUGGAUUUGGUGGGAAUUAUUAUAUAUUUUGAAUAAGACAUGAAUGAUUUUUCUGAAAAGCCUUUUUUUUUUUCUUUUUUUUUAUGUCAGCGAUUAGCUGGUGGGUUGCACUUGUCACCCUGACAUGUGCUGUUGCAAUUGAAGACAAAAAUGCAUUAGCAACAGGGUAGAACCAUUCCUUUUAAGAUGGAAAAUAAUGUUCCUCAGCAGGUUUACCACUCCGUCUUCCACAUGCAGCCCUCUGAGUAAUGCACAUCAAAAUACCAACACUAACUUCAGGAAAAUUGCAUUCUACAUCAGUGGUUUUUCUACCCAAUAAUCCCUUUACUUCCUCCUUUUCUCAUUUUUAAACAUCAGCACAGCACAGGGUUUUGCCACCGCAUUGCUAUUCGCCGUGUUAGCUUUCAGCUCGGUGUGGAAUGCUUCAGAGCUACAGUAUGUUUUCUUUGUUGUGCUGUAAUUUGCUCCAUAAAUAAAUUUGCCUUCCCCGCUG